CAUACAAAACAAUUUGUGAUCUCUUUGCCAACACUGUUAUGAACGAUUAUAAUUACAGAGAUUAUCACUCGAACUGUUAAAAUUUGUUCGUAAAAAAUAUUUUUUGUUUUCUUUUGUUACUAUUUUGUUAAACAUUUGCAAAUAUUCAUCAGCCACUCUAAUUUGUAAUGUUUAUCAAUGUGUUCUUUAAUAUCAGUAUAUGUUCGGAUAGUGAUUAAUAAAAAAAAAAAUGUCUAAACGUGAGUCAAAAAUAUCGGACACUUACAUUUCUUCGCCAAUUUUACGUUGCAAAAUAUAACAUUAAUUUAUAGUCAACAAUUAUUUCGAAAUGAACAAAUUAAAAUCAUCUCAAAAGGAUAAAGUGAAAAAAUUUAUGACAUUCACACAGACAUCUGAAAGUGUUGCAAUUUUUUGUUUAUCCAAAAAUGACUGGAAAUUAGAACAAGCGUCAGAUAACUUUUUUCAAAAUCCACAUGAAUAUGAAACUGUAAAAAUCAACACCCAAUUAAGUUUUGUAGUUGAUAAAAAAAAGCUGGAGGCUAUGUAUACUAGAUAUCGUGAUCCAGCUGAACCGAGCAAAAUUAAUGUUGAAGGUGUUAUGCGUUUGCUAGAUGAACUCAAAUUACCUCCAGACUCAAUAUUAGUGCUCAUAAUUGCUUGGAAAUGUCAAGCAGCAGCUCAAUGUGAAUUCACUAAACAAGAAUUUUUAAAUGGAAUGAGUAAAAUGGGGUCUGAUUCAAUAGAGAAAUUAAAACAUAGAUUACCAAUAAUAGAAAAAGAACUUUCAGAACCAUCAAAAUUCAAAGAUUUUUACUAUUUUACAUUCAAUUAUGCUAAGAAUAUAGGUCAAAAAGGUCUAGACCUUGAUAUGGCUAUUACUUACUGGAACAUUAUUUUUGUGGGCCGAUUCAGGUUCCUUGAUCUAUGGUGCCAGUUUCUUAGAGAACACCACAAUAAAUCAAUACCUAGAGAUACGUGGAAUCUUUUAUUAGAAUUUGCUUGUGUUAUUGAUGAAGAAAUGACAGAUUAUGACCAAGAAGGAGCAUGGCCAGUUCUAAUAGAUGAAUUUGUAGAAUGGGCUAGGCCUAUAGUUUGCCGAAAUGAAUCAACCCAUAUUAUAAGUGAGACCAGAUUAUUGUAAAAACAAAUGAACAUCAUCAUAUACAUAUGUUUUUAAAUUAUAAUAUUGAAAAUGUUGAUUCUCUGUUUUAAAUUUGUUCGAGGGAGAAUAAUGUAUGACUGCUCUACUAAAAAAUAUACCUUGGGAAUAUUUUUAAAACAUGUUAUUUAAUUUUUAUAGCCUAAAUUAUAUUAACAAUGUAUUCUUUACCUCUUACAAAAUUUGGAAUUUGAAAAUUAUUGUGUUAUUAAAGCUUUAAUGAAGAUAAAGGAAGUAUUUAGGUCUCAUUGUUUGUACUUUGUUUGUUUAAAUAGAUGUUACAAUGUUACAUUAUAUAUAAUUUGUAUAAAUUUAAAUAAUAUAAAUUUCUGGUUCUGGCUUUCAACAAUAAGAACUUAAUUGUACAUGAUCUUAGUAAUAUUAUAUAGUUAUGUACUUACAUAUUUGAAAAAAAACAGAAAAUAUACCUCUUUCAACAGAUUUAUUUGAAUUUAAAUAACUUGAUGCAAUUGAUUACCUAUUUUAUUUUAUUAAAAAUUAAAUAAGUUUUUAAAAAACAUAUCGUUAAAAGUCAUCUAUUUUCACCAGGUUAAAUGAAAAUUGAUUAAAUAUACAAUAUAGGUACAAAUAAGUAAGAUAUUAAUACAAUAUGCAAUAUAUUAUAAUAUGUGCUAUAAAAUAAUUUUCAUUUAUAAUGUUUUAUAUUGUUGCAGAUUUUCAUAACUUAUUAUUUAGAUUACUAUUGCUAUUAGUGUACUUAUACAUUUUAUUACUUAGUAUUAUAUGUAAAUUGUAUUGUAGAAUUAACCCGGGGGCUUGUCAUAGCUUUAAAUAAUAGAUAGUGAAGUAAUAUCUUCAAAUAUCAACAAAAAAAAUAUGUGCAGAAAUAGUCAACAUUCUCAAAUUUAAUUUAAAAAAAAUUGUUAUUUAAUUUAAUCUGAGAAUGAUCAGAACAUGUGAAUAUAAUUUUAUAAUUUAUCGUGUAGAUCUCACAUUUAAAAAAAAUAUAAUAAGGGGGAAAAUAUGUCAGCUUACCUUCCUAUCUGAGUACUAGAUUAAAUAAUCUAGUUAUGUAGAAAUAUAAACUCAGCCAUAAAUUAUUUUUAGUUUCCACAAGCAUACUUUGAUUUAAUUGAGAUCAAGGCCAGGGCUUGGUCAAGAAGGGUAGGGGGUUCAAUCCCCCCAUGGACACUUGACCAAUAUAUAUGUUAUUUUCACGUAAUUAUAAUUAUCGUAUUUCUCAAUUUAAGAUCAGGCCAUUUUCAAUUCCCUCCCCAUAAAAUAAAAUUUCCUGAACAUGCCACUGGUCAUGGCUCAUUCUCUGUUCUAAUCCAUCGACAAUAUUAUUCUAUUAUUGCAAUAACAUCAUAUAACUAUUUUAAUUUUAAAUGAUUUUAAAUCCCAAUUUACUCUUUUUCUUCUACUGUCCAAUUACUUAAUGUUUUGCUGAAUGAUAAAAUUACCACUCAGACACUCAAUAUAUUACUGUAUAUUUUUAAUAAACUUGUAUAUUUACUGACUUAAAAAAAUUACACAAAUUUCAAAAUUAUUUUAUUAUUAUGUUUUUCAUUAUAGAUGUUAUGAACAAAUAAAAUAUAACAAUGUACAUAUUAUACAUUUAUAAUUUACUAUUUUUUGUUAUUCUUAUUCAUAAUAGAUUCAUUUAUUUGCUAUUAUAUAAACAAUUGAAUUGUAAUUAUUUUUGCUAUUGUAACUUGUAAUUUGUAAGAUAAUAAUAUAUAAAUACUUAUUUUGAUUGUUAAA